AUGCAGUAUUACCCAUUUUCACCUGACUACCUCAAAGCUAACCAACAGCCUAUCUGGCAUCAAGCCAAUUCUAUUAGCUACACGAAUAUCUACUGUCUUAAUUUAACUCCUCCUGCAGGUCUCACAGAAGGCUGUCUGCGUACCUUUGCUCUCCGCAUCCGCACAGUCCACCUCCCCCCAGGGGAUACUCUCAUCCACGCAGGAGGCCUUCUCACUUGCCUGUACUUCGUGGAGCAGGGCAGUCUGGAGGUGCUUGACCCGCAGGACGGAGCCAUCCUUGCGGUCCUUUCAAAGGGCGAUUUUUUUGGGGGUCUUCCACCUCUCCAAGAACAACCGCAGCACUCACUGUCAACGAUGGCCCGCGGCCUCAUCGCCGCCAAGUCCCGCUUCAUCGUACGCGCCCUGACCUAUUGUGACUUGCACUAUGUGGAGCAAGAGGAGUUGGCCGGUCUGUUGCACAACUAUCCCGAGCUGAUUGACAAUCUGGUGGCGCAUUUUGAGCUCACUAUGCCACUGGCGGGGAUCGGAAAGUAUCUUACGGAGGCGGACCUCUUCUGCCUCUCACGGGACCAGAAGCAACAACAAGACCAGCAGCAGCUACACUCGCCACAUGGUGGCACUUCUCCGGUCUGCUUGCACAAGACGACCUCCUCGUCCUGCGUUUUCACAGAGACGCCACUGUUGCAAGUACCUCCGCGAGCACAAAUGCAAUCGCGUGCGCGUCUGCCCGACACGUGGCUGGGCGAUCAUCGGCGUCGGAAGCUCUGCUCCUGGGAGUUGGAGCGUCUUCAGCGCCUUCUUGAGCACUCCGCCACCGCGAUGGUUGCUGAUUCCGCUUCUGCUCCUAAUACUGAUGGAGAUGGUGGCGGUGGUAUUGACUCUUUCGCCUCGCCCACUGCUACCACCACCACCACUACGGCCUCGCCUCCACCUUCCCAUAUGGACUUGGAGGAGCGACUAUCCGCUCAAAUGGCUCAGCGGUUCAACAAGAUGGAGAUAGGAUUGAAAGCUGAUUUUCCGAUAUUCCGCGUCUUCGCUUCGUCUACCGCCAAUCUCUCGCCCUUUACUGCUUGGCACAUGCACAAAACUGAAAAUGGGGCAUUUCAGCCACAAUCACCACGUGGCAGUGGUCACCAACGCCUAAUGUGUCACAUGGGGCACGGGGUUUGGAAUCUGCUAGAACUGGAGGAGAAGAUGACCACGACAUUCGUCUCGCUACUGAGCCAUCUUCAAUGCCUCCAAACUCCUCUACGUCCCGGUGUGGACGCUUCAACAAUGACAGAGAUGAAGGAAAGUGGGGAUGAGGAAGAGAUGGAGGUGAAUACCUCUCUCCUCCUAGUUAUCUCCACACCCAACAAGGCGCAUUGGAAAACCGAUAUGUCUGCUGUCGCGAAACCACGUGCUGUCUCCGAAGAAGAGUUGCGCACUUGGGGCGCCAGGAUUCGUGACCCCUCGGCGCCCCUCGUGGAGCGCGCUCAUGCAAUGUGGGGUCUACGCCACGCGCGGGAGCCCCUUGCCACAAGUCUAUUAGCUGCCUACGUGACUGAGGUCUUUCCACCUGAACCGGCCUCUAACGCCUUGCUGCAACACGAGGCUGCUUACUGUCUGGGUCAGCGGGGCGACCUCUCGGCUGUCACCGAUCUUGAGGCCGCACUGAGAGAUUCUCGCCACGAGCCCAUUGUGCGUCAUGAGGCUGCAGAGGGCCUAGCCGCUCUUGCCUCUGCACCCGGAGUGGAUGUGGAGCAUAUCAAGAGAGUGCUGACGGAGUUUCGUGACAUUGACAUCGUUGCGGUCGCUGAGACAUGCGAAGUCGGUCUGGGUCGCAUUGCCUGGCUUCAGAGGCCCAACAAGACACCCGACCCUGCAGCAGUGCUUGCCGAGGCAGAGUUUCCUAACACCAUCGAUCCCUCGCCCGCCUUUGAUCCUGACGCCACACCCAGUAUGGCAGAGCUACGUCGCAUCCUUCUCUCUCCCUCGUCUUCCCUCUUUGCUCGUUACCAGGCUCUCUUCUCCCUGCGCAACGCUGCUGUAGUCUCCACUAACGACUCUACUUCAUCAAAACAUUUCUCCGAGGUCGUGGAAGCCCUCUCGGAGGCGCUGGCAGCUCCGGGCUCCGCAUUGCUUCGUCACGAGGUGGCUUUCAUCCUCGGACAGCUUAGCAUUGCUCAAACCGGAGACGCGUUGAUUGAACGACUGAAUGACCAACAGGAGGCCCCCAUGUUGGGGGAGGUGGCGGGAUCCGCCGAGGCUGGGGAAGGUGAUUGUGAUGCGAACAGUCUAAGCGUGAGAGCACGUCAAGCCCUACUCGCGGGGUGUAAGGACCCCGAACCGGUUGUGCGGGAUUCCUGUGCUCUGGCUCUUGACAUGGCCGACUAUGUGGCCUCAAAUGAUCGAUUCCAAUUUGCUGAGAUCUUCGCAGAUUUAACCAUCCACAGAACCGGUGAAAUCCAGGUUUGCGUUCUUGUGGAGAGCUUAAGUCUGGACGGACUCCAGUCUGCAGAGUCCACACCACCAACGGCAUCAGCCCGGCGCUCCUCUUGGUCAGCCUCCCGCCUUGGCAAUCACAACGUGCCAGCUAGUAGUGAGGUAGAGGCGGUAUCUCGUGUUCACUUCGGUGACAUCGUCAAUCAGGUACCGUAG